AUGUCCGUCAGGCAAUUACCCUGGCGCCAGGCGCUGCUGGCCCAGCCCAGUCGACGCGCCCUGACAUCGCAAACCUCCUCCGCCUCCGCGUCGUCUGCUUCCACAUCCGCCUCCACAACCCCUGCGUCCUCUGCCUUCUCCUCGCCGCGGCUGCACCAGACCAUGACGCUCCCCGACGGGCGCACCCUCGGCUUCGCAGAGUACGGCAACCCGGCCGGCGCCCCGAUCCUCUACUUCCACGGCUUCCCGUCGUCGCGCCUCGAGGCCCAGCCCGUCGCCUCCAUGCUCUCCCACCUGGGCGUGCGCCUCAUCGCCCUCGACCGCCCGGGCUUCGGCCUGUCGAGCCCGCAGCCGGGUCGACGCAUCAUCGACUGGGCCGACGACGUGCGCAGCUUCGCGGGCGGCAAUGGCCUCGACCGCUUCGCCGUGCUGGGCACCUCGGGCGGCGGGCCGUACGCACUCGCCUGCGCGUACGCCCUUCCGCGGAAAAUGGUUGCCGGCGUGGGCCUCUUUGCCAGCGGGCCGCCGUGGGAAGCCGGCGCGCAUCACAUGUCGCGCACGAGGCGGGCGGCGAGGAGCAUAGCGAUGCGCACGCCGGGAGCCAUGGCCGUGUGCACCAGCGCCAUGAUCGGUGCGUUGCGUUGGAUCGCGACGCGCGAGGUGGUGGCGCGUCGCAUCGACAGGUGGUUCGCGGCGGCGGCGGCGGAAGCCGAGGGAGGCGACAAGGCCAACGGCACCAGCGAGACCAAGAAGAAUCACGGCGUCAAGGCAGCAGAGGAGGGCAAACGGGGCGCCGUCGCAGAGGAGCAGGACAGGAUCGCUGCCAUAGCCGCCCAGAGGGAAGAGACGCUGCGCAUCGUCCUCGACGAGCCGUUUGUGCAGGGCGCGACGGCGGCCGUAGAGGAGCUGCGGCUGCUGUCGAGCACGGACUGGGGAUUCCGGCUCGAGGACGUGGCGUACGACCCGGUGCGCAUCUGGCACGGCGAGGAGGACGCCAACGCGCCCAUCGCCGCCAUCCGCUACCUGGCUGAGCGCGUGCCGCACGCGGUGCUGACCGAGUACGCGGGCGACAGCCACUACACCAUGGCCAAGUACAUUGAGGGCGCGAUGAGGGAGCUGCUCGUCGACGGAGGGUGGGAGAAGGCCUCUGGCGGCGGUUCAUGA